AUGGAAACUCAGCCAUGCAUUCUUUACUACGACCGGCGUUCGAUAUGUAGCUCGAUGGUACGGUAUACGCUUGCCUGUGCAGGGUCGCCAGGAAAGAAUUGCUUGUCCCUCUCACCGGAACUUCGAGAGAUCGACAUUUACAAGGGCGAACAGCUCUCCGAAUCAUAUCUAUGUGAAGUGAAUCCCAAAGGCCAGGUUCCGUCCCUGUCGAGUCCGGGAUUCUUCGAAAAGCCAAUGACCGACAGUCUCGACAUCACCCUCUGGCUAUGCGAGAGACACCCUAACCUGAGACCUGCGGAGUAUGCAGACGACAUUAACAGAUUACUUCGAGAUCUGCACGCCAUCAACUUUUUCACUCUGUCAAUGAGAAAUCGUCCACAGAGAGCAGAGAUGCUGGAGGGCACGAUCCUCGCAAGGCUGGACGCACCAGACCUCUCGGACAGGCACAAGAAAGCCUUGGAGUACAAGUUGACCGUAACCCGUUCGGAAAAGGUCGACGGCGUGCGCCCGGAAGUCAUCAAAGAGGAAACCGAGCGGGCGCGUGCUUUUCUCAGUGAAAUCGACCACGUCAGACAGUCCCACAACGACAAGGACUUGACGGGGGAGGCAUGGGUCUUUGGCACCGCGGUGUCGACUGCGCUGGACACUACCUUGAUCUGUCUCCUGGCCAGGCUGAUGGAUGUCCAGUUAGAAGAGAUCGUCCCGCCGGCGUUGUUGGAGAUGGUACGAUCGGUGAGGGAGACGGCCGCGUUCAAGGCCAUCUGGUCGUCGUUGUAG